GUAGCAUCUGUUGGGGGUUGUAUCUAACUGUGUUGCUCUUGGCAGAACUUGUAGCAGGUGCCACGGGAUGUCUGACUAGUUUGCAUGGAGCUGCACUGCCUUGCUGGAAAGAGCAUCCAGGAAGAUUUGUGCAAUGCUAUGGAGCGGAGUUCAGGAGGGCCUUCUGGUGAGCAGGCAGAGGAAUCAGCCACCAGAGCUGCUCUCUACUGCCAGCAACACUGCACCCCUGGAAUGGAAGCCUCAAGACCCAGCCCUGCUCCUGCAUCUCCUUCCUUCCAUCCACAAGAGAACACCCCUCUACCAGACUCCUUCUCAUCAGGACCUUUUGACCCAAAUAACAGCCGAGGAAUAGCAGAACGAAAAGUCUGCAACUGCUGCAGCCAGGAACUGGAAACGUCUUUUACUUAUGUGGAUGAGAAUGUGAACUUGGAGCAGUGGAACCGGAGGUCCCCUUCCACCAAGGGGACCAACCAUCCCAGAGACCCUGGCUGGGGAAAUCCAAAUGACUGGUCCCAAGAGGCUGCCAUAUCCUUGAUAUCGGAAGAAGAAGAUGACUCAAGUUCCGAAGCCGCAUCUUCAGGGAAGUCAGUCGACUAUGGUUUUAUCAGCGCUAUCUUGUUCUUGGUCACUGGCAUCUUGCUGGUGAUCAUCUCAUAUAUUGUUCCCCGGGAGGUGACUGUGGAUCCCAACACAGUGGCCGCCCGUGAGAUGGAGCGCUUGGAGAAGGAGAGUGCCAGGCUGGGGGCUCACUUGGACCGCUGUGUCAUCGCGGGCCUCUGCCUCCUCACUCUGGGGGGAGUGGUCCUGUCUUGCCUGCUCAUGAUGUCUAUGUGGAAGGGGGAGCUCUAUCGUCGAAACAGGUUUGCCUCUUCUAAAGAAUCGGCUAAACUCUAUGGUUCUUUCAACUUCAGGAUGAAGACCAGUGCUCAUGACAAUACCGUAGAGCUUUCCUUGGUGGAGGAGGAUGCUCUUGCUGUACAGAGUUGACUUUGGUUGUGAACUUGUUCAAACUCUGCCUUGGUAUUUUGUAUG